AAUUUUUAAAAAAUGGCAGACGAUGAAGGGGAUAAGUAUCUAUACGGAGAAGAAGACGAAUAUAAGACGUCAAUUGGGGAUGAAGUGCUUAAAAAUGGGAAAAAUGGAUCACCUGUAUUUGGGAAGAACGUAGAGAUGCAAGAUGUUUCAAAAAAUAAGGAGAAUGGAAGUGAAGAAGAGGAAGAAGGAGAAAGUGAUUCAGAUAUAGAAUUUGUGAUAGAAACAAAGCCAGGACAAAGAGCAGAGCCUUUAAGUCGACCUGCUCCGUAUAGCAGUGUAAAGAUUUCUGCGCCUACAAAGGGUAUUGAUAAAGUAUUCAUAGCUUCAUCGAAGCAAGAACCGCCGUCUACAAAACCUCCAGGUGUAGAUGUGGAUUAUGUUGCGGAAUGGAAUGGUAAGCCAUUGUAUCAGUUAGAUGUUGAAUCUUUUGCGGAAAAGCCAUGGAGAAAGCCGGGUGCGGAUAUUACUGAUUAUUUUAAUUAUGGAUUUGAUGAAUUUACAUGGAUGGCAUAUUGUGCAAAACAAACGGGAAUACGGAGGGAUUUUACUCCUCAAAAGAUUAUGCAAAUGAUGGAACAUAUGUCUGGAACAGAUAUGAUUUCAAUGGCACCUAAUAUGCAAGUUAUGAUGGCUACAGGUGGAUUUCCUGGGAUGCAAAAUAUUUCGGGAAUGAAGCCGGAUAUUGUGCCUAUGAUGGGUAUGGGAAUGUCUGAUAUGAGUGGAUUUGUGAUGAAUAUGGGUCAAAUGGGUUUUCAACAGUUUCCUCCAGGUUUAAAUUCUAUGACUCCUGAAUCUCAAUUAGGGCAAGCAGUUCAAGGAAAACAGAUGCCGUAUUCACAUAAUUUAUAUAAUGUACAGUCUUAUGGGGGAUAUAAUCAAAUGCAACCUCAAUAUGGUUCGCAAAUGCAAGGACUUAAAUCAAUGUCUUCUGUAUCAAAAGCACAUAAUACAGAUGGAGUCAAAGUUUUAUCAAAUGAACGGGUACAAUCUUCUGUUAAUUACAAACAGGAAUCCUCCCUUGCAUCUUCAAAAGAAUCUCAUGAAUCUAUAGAAUCUAUUUCCAGUACAUCUCAAAAUCGGAGCUCUGGAAGGUCUAAUAUGCAAAAUAGAAAUAAAUCUUCGUCUUUAUCAAAUAUCGGGAAAUCUCGUUCAAAUCAUUGAUUUUGAACAAUAUUUUAUAUUAGUGGG